CUCCUUGUACUCCUAGGGCAGCAGCCAUCUCGGCGCUCGCAAUAUCUUCUCUGUUUCGUCUAGAUGCCCAGUUUAUUCUCUCGUUCAAGGACUGCAUCGACGCCGACAAAGAGUGCGAACGCCGGGGGUGCUGGGUACGAUGAAUUUGGUAGGGUCAGUAGUAGGGAGGCCGUUGUCGGCCGUGGCAUCAACACCGUCGCUGCGGGGGGGAAGAGUACCAAGAAGAAAGGUGGCGACAAGGACCGCUUCCGGUUGCGGACGCUGAGCUCUACAGCGCAGCGCAACUCGGUCGAACUCGACGAGUCGCUCUCUAGCAUCCCCGACGGCAGCUUUCUAGCGCUUGAGCUCGACCCGCCCCGGUUGGAGACAGCGCCAGGAGAGGAGCAUCCGAAGGAGCACGACUACGGCUACCUAUCUUAUCAGCGGCAUGUUGUGCUGGGGCUCGAGCAGGUGGCACGGCUCGUCGACGUGGUCUCCGCCGAGCUGGGCACGAGAGGCCUCACAACACCCUUCAUCUUCUCGGCGCUCGCGCUUGAUAUUUCCUUCAACUCGAUCAAAAGCCUCAUCCGCGCGUUCCUGCGCACUUGCGCCAACACGAAGAGCGCUGACGCUGAGCGUCAAUGGCGCGACGAGGUCCGAUUCGCUGGUCCGAACGAGCUCGGCAUGACGCUUCGCUGGGGCCUGGCAAGGCUCGUGCGCAUCCACGGAGGCCAGGAGGUGCGCGGACUGGUGGCUUAUGAGUACUAUGCUGAAUGGCGAGACGCUGAAGCCAGCUUGAACUACCCUCCUGCGCACUUCGAAGCCUUCCUCAGCCAGCUGACGCCCGUCUUGGGCUCCUUAAUCACUGAUCUCCUCACUCUCCUUUCUCGUUUUACUGCACAUUCUUCGAGCUCAGGCCAUACCCCACCGACGCUUUCCCCGCUUUUUGGUCCGUUAUUUUUUGGACUGGGGCCAGCAGCACUCGCAUUUCAUCACACAUACGUCCACUAUCUGCGCGCCGUCAACGCCAUGGAGCACUUGAUGCUCUCCUUCAUCCGUUGGCAAGACUGGAACACCACCCAGGCGGGCGGCAGCGCGGCAUCAAUGGGGCUUCCAACCCGUCUCAAGGACUGGAUUCGAGGAUAUCCGUCCAUGCUGCCCUCUAUCCAAACCGCCAGGAGUAGGGAUGAGACACCUCAACCUCGCCGAGGUGCACGGACCAUGCGUGUCGUGAGCGUGCGCAGGAACGUGAGGAUGUACUCACCCGACCUCGUCAAGACGGGUGCAAGUUGGGCUACAAGGCCACGUGGAAUCCCCGCUCAAGGGGAAAAUGCCCUGGCAACUUCAAAGGAGUGGCAGAGGAUAGCUCCCCCGACUCUCAAGCUGCCGCCGCGCUAUUCAGAUGGGUACAAGAAACGGAUGGACAUGCCGCCAGGUUUUCAUCCUCACACGGGACCCGGUGCAUCUUCUAUGAGUAGCUCUCCCAGUACAUCUUCUACUGUAUCGUCCACAAGCUCGACCCUGGUUGACGAUGAGAAUUUCCUGGAGGUAAAGAAGGGUGAAGUCAGAAGUCUAACUGACCUGAAAUGGGGCGAAUUCGAGACAAUGGGUUUCGCUGACUCAGUUGGCAGCAACAAGAAGCUCGAGUUUGAUCUCACUGAGGGAGCACGAGCAGCUCGCGCAGCCAAACGGGCUACUCUGACGUGGCAAGAUUUCUCGACUGCGGGUUUCUCGCGCAAUGAUACCCCUUUGUCUACGACUCUACAGUUCAGCGUACCUGUGACACACACGAUUAACUCGUGGCCCAGUCACUCUGCCGAGAUCCACCGGAAACUCAAGAAGACGCAGAAGGCCCUACCGCCGUUCGGGUGGGACACUGAGCCGGUAAUGGGCCCGGAAGAGGUGAUCGAGGAGGCGUUUCUGGACGUGUUUUGCGAUCUCAUCUACGGUGGAGGGUGGAUGGAUAAUGAAAGGCUGGAGGAGCAUGAUCGAGAGUGUAACUGGGCAUUGGUUGAGUUCAAAUCACUGCCUGUCUCUAGGACAAAUACCGUGUCUGGCACUGGCGAUCCUCGCACCUCCACCACACUCCUUCUGUUCGAAGAGUUUGUUCCAUGGGAGUAUCGAAAGCAGCUGGGUUCAAGUGGCCGACGUCGUCUUCCAUCUCUUUUCUCUCCGGUAUCGAAGUCCAAGCAGUGGAAACCAGCUGCGACCCUGAAUGGUCGACCAUAUGUUAUUGGACACGUACCGAAGAGUCCUACCGUUCGCGAAGUCGAGUUCGAAGGCUUACUCCGUGGCAAUGGCAGUCUCGCCAAGAUCGUGACCUUGGAUGGUACUGUCAGGAAUUCUGCCGCGCCAAACCCUGCGAGGCCUACGUCGGCUGGUGGCCAUGUUGAUUUUCCUAAUCACCAAGCCAAUCCCAAGCUAGCGCCCGUCAGAUCUGCAACUGAGCCUGAACCCAAACGUCUUACUGAGGAUGGCAGAGAAUUACCCAUAACACCGACGAAGAAGAGCUCCCGUUUCCGACUUCCUGGUGGUUUACCAGUGGGUGGGCCUGCGAGCACCAAGAAAUCUGGGCUCGUGCCGGCCGAGGCCAAACCGGUGGAUUUUGAGACCCGCUUAUUUGCCGUUAGUGAUGACGAGCUGAACAGUAUGACGUCUGGUCGUCGGGCCAAAGAAGAACGCAGGCGGUCGAAAGACGACGCUUGGGUGGACAUUUUAAUCACUAGCUCGAGCAGACGGCUGGGUGAUCAGGCAGCGGAGAUGCGCACAGGCCCACGCAGUCUCAGAGCGGGCAGGUCUGAUCCCGAGCUUGCGAGCGAACAGGUUGCGUUGGCAUUAGCCUCGGUGAGGGGCAAGGUAUUCUCGGAUGACGACGAAGACGACGAGGGUAUGGAGCCGGUCUCGAUGUCUGCUGAGCCGGAGAACCACGGGGAGCCUUUCCCAGGGGAAGAUCAGGAAGAAGAUGCCCCCCCUGUUCCCAUGAAGCGUCUGGGCUACUUUGAUCUCCACCCAGAAAGAAGGCCUCUCAGUCAGAUAACAUCGGAGGGUGGCAAUAUGGGACGGUAUUCCCAAGGCACUGACAGUUAUGCGGACGGUGACGAUGCCUACGACGGUAUGGGCUAUGGUGACCGCCAUGCCCACAUCUCGCCGUCGUCGAACUACUCCAUCGAAACCUCGGAGUACGAACCAAGUCCUGAAGUUAUACCCGACAACGAGGUCGAGGAGUACGACGACGAUGCAGGGUCUGACAUCCCGUCCCAUGUCGAGACCAUGGUUGUACCGCCGGCUGCUGACACCAAUAAGAGCAAGACAGCGGCUCUUAUCGAGAUGUAUAGGGAGCGAGAACGAUCCUCGGCCUCCAGUCCCGAACAGCAGUCAGGGCAUCCGUCGGUGGUGCGAGGAGCAAUCGCAAAAUUGAACAAGGAGCAAGCUGCUCUGCCCGCUGUGCCACCCAACGCCGGUAUACCCAACGAUCCGAUACUCACACCCCCUCGUCUUAAUGUGGAAGGCACGGGCAACCUGACACCACCUCGUUACGUCCACGGCGCGCCUUUGCAUAAUGUUCUGGAAGAAGAGGAGGAAGAGUAGACGUCCACGUCCAGAGCUGACGUGGGUCUACUAGAAAUUGCUGUGGCUGCACAUCCUUGCGGGAUUGCUGCCGUAUGUCUUUUCAACUGUGUUUCUUGCUUUCUUUUCUAGGUCUUCUCAGUGCUGCGUAUACGUUACCACCCCGGGUUAUUCGCGUCCAUAGCAGAGCCCCAUGGUCAUUCGAACUGUGCAUCAAGAGACUUUCCUUUACCCGCUUUCAACCCCCGAUAUCAUAUUAUACUAUUUCCCUCCUUAUGCUAUACCCCCACUGACCACCGAGUUAACCGGGUGAUAGUCCUCGGACGUUUCUUGCUAUUGUAUGUGUCACCCUGCUUCCUGUUGCUGGUCGUAUGUUGUCGAAUAAUCUGUCAUCCGAAUAUAACUAGCAUGAUAUGUAGUUCAGAUGCUGAUGUCCAUCUCCC